AUGCAGAACGACACUGGUGAAGUAACUGAGUUGUAUGUGCCGAGGAAAUGUUCCUCAUCAUCGAGAAUCAUUUCGGCCACAGAUCACGCGUCGGUUCAGAUCGACUUGGCUGAUGUAGACCCGAACACAGGACGGAUGAUACCUGGGCAACUUACAAGGUUCCUUUUGGGAUGGAUCUUCGUUGAAUAUGCAAUAUGUGGUGAUAUUCGUCGUAUGGGCGAAUCGGAUGAUUGUAUAUUGCGUCUAGCGAAACGUGAUAAUAUCAUUUCAGCGGAUUUGUGA